AUGCACUUUUUAAAUAAUCAUAGAAAGCGUAACAUUACCAAUAAUAAUUUAGUACCUGGAAUCUUACAAUGGACAAGAUUUGAAAGCAGGGGAAUUCCAAUUAAUUUAUUUACUAUUUAUUUAAGUGGCAGAUCAGAUGAUUAUGAAAAUGAUCAAGAAGCCAUUAACAGUUUUAUCAAUGCUGUUUUAACAUGUAAAGAUGAACAUAUUAUUUUAAGUGGGGAUCUUAAUAUUGAUACUCAAAACCCCACUACUACAAGAGAAAAGGAUUGGAUUUGGAUUCUUGAAAUGUUAAAAUUGACAGAAUUCAAAACACCAAAUUAUACAUGGAUUAGACGAAGUCAGGGAACUUUAAAUAGAUCUAGACCUGACCAUAUCUUUGUCUCAAAGAAUAUUAGAGUGGUAAAGGAAGUAAUUAUGACACCUUUGACCACUAAUGAUCAUGUCCCUUUUUAUUUAGAUUUAGAAUCUAAUCUUACUUGGAGAACUUACUUUAGUAAGAAUAAGAGGAAAAGAAUGUACGAAGCAAUUAAUAAGUGUAAAAUUGACAAUUUUCAAGAGCUGAAUCAAGCAAUUGAGGCUCAAAUAAUUAAAUAUGGAUCCAAAGUAGAUAGAUUAGGAGUUGGAAGAAUUUCUACAGCAUUUAAAGAAGAAAUUCAAGAUUUAGAGGAUGAAAUAUUAUCUAAAAUUAAUAACCCUAAUAUUCCUCAAUCAGAAAUACAAGAACUACAAACACUCCUAAAAGAAACACAUAUUAAUAAUGCAAAAGAAAUUAAGGAAAAACUUAUAACUCUUCAUCGAGAAUGUAUCAAUUUGAUAAAAUGA